GUCUGCCAGGUGGCACCAGGGAUCCCAGGAGUGUCGCUGAAUUUGAGUGGCUCUGGCGGCGUGUGUUUAGUUUAAUUACUCAGUCAGCUGGUGUGGGAAUCGGGAGGCAGCUCAGCUCUGGUGCUGAAUCUUUUGCCUGUCUCAACAGCGUGCAGCACAGAGUACACACACCCCAAUGUAUUCCAAACAACCUGGAGCACAUGGAGCUGGGGGUGGGGGAGAGAGGCUUGCAAAGGAAGCACGUUAGUCAUCAGGUUGUUGCUGCAUAAUUCAGGAACGUGCUUGCCUAGAACUGGAGAUUAGCCAGGUGAGAACUGACUCAAUAUGAGUGGCCUUGGGAACAACUCUACGGAUCCGGGAAACCCGGAUUCUCAGAAGAGGAAGGGGUCACCAUGCGACACUCUGGUCCAGAGCAAUGAGAAACGACGCAGGGAGCAAGAGAACAAAUACUUAGAAGAGCUGGCAGAGCUGCUUUCAGCCAAUAUUGGAGAGAUUGACAGCCUGAGUGUUAAACCAGACAAAUGCAAGAUUCUAAAAAAAACGGUUGAUCAGAUUCAGCAGAUGAAAAGACUCGAACAAGGUAGAUCUACAAAAUCUUUUGUCUCUUUUGUUGUUCAUUCCUUGUGUCCUUGCAUUUAUAAUACAAGGCAAUGGUAUAUAAACUAUGUGCCGGGACCUUCUUGAGGAAGCAUAGGAGGA